AUGGCGGUGGGUGGGUCGAUGCAGCACAGGAGCCCGAGGACGCCUAGGGAAUCUGUCUAUCGCCCAUAUAUAGAUUUGUUGGCCGACGAUUCCCCUAGUACUGUUCCGGAGACUCAGUACGCCGGCAUCGAGACUUUCUCUUUUGAGGAGCUGGGAGCGGAGUUGGGGCUAUCACCGAUCCAGGCAGAGGAGGAGGGUGAGGAUGAGGCGGAGGAGAGGAGGACGAUCUGGACCGUGUGGGAAAAUGCCGCGCUUGCGAAGGCCUGGGUCGGUGUAGUAGAGGAUCCCUAUGUCGGGCCGAACCAGUAUGUUGAUCGAUUGUGGCAUCGCAUUAGUGAGGCCUACCGCGUCUGCAAAUUGUCUGGGGCGAAGGCUCGCACUUCCGAGCAAUGCCGGAAACAGUGGCUUCGGUUGAGGCCUAAGCUCAGUCGUUUUGCUGCCAUCUACCACAACAACAUGCGCAUGGCAACCAGCGGCAUGUCUGAGGAUGAUGUCCGGAGACGAGCCUUGGCCCAUUACCCCGACAAAGAAUUGAAGUUCAAAGAGUUUGACCAAUGGGAGGCCUUUCUCGUGGUCAAGGACUCGCAAAAGUUUGCUGUGGGUGUCGACUCGGGCUGGAAGCGAACGAAGAUCAACUCUUCCGGUGAGUACAACCAGCAGCAGUGCCGGGUUCGCACGAGCUCCCCGAAGCCGAGGAAGUGGCCCCGCUACCACGAACAGACUCCGCCGCCGUCGUCGCCCGAUGGGGCAAAGCGAAAAGGUACUCCCUCCGUUCCAUAG